CUUUUCAAACCCCCCCUCCCUCUUCUCCUUCUCUCUCUCUCCUUUUUUUUUUUUCUUCUCCUCCCUUCUCUCUCUCUCUGCAACAAAGCUGAGCUAAUUCCCAUAAGGGUUUACAGCAGUAGGGGGGACACGGCUUUCUUUGACGUUCAAGGCCCGGCAUCUCCUCACCGCCGAUCGCGGUGACACCAUCUCUCUCUCUUCUCUAUUUCCCUAUUAUAUAUAUAAAGGUCAACAACUUCCUGUCCUCUCCUCUCUGUUUUCCACCACCACCCCUCCUCCCUGCUUCAAAUCCCCCCCCUCCCCCUCUUCCCCACCUCCCCCCUUCCUCUCGCUCUCUCUCUUUCUCUCACGCGCUCGCGCCCCUUCCUCCCUUUCUUGCCCAGUUCUCUUAUAAAAGUCUCACCUUUAUCCAUUUUGCGUGCUCUUAUCCUCUUUUACAAGCCUUAGCAAUGGAAAAGGAGAGAUUUUUCAGCACCACACCCCCUCAAAAUUGGCAAGCCGGCGAACCCCGGCUGCCGCCACCCCCGGAGAUGACGUCCGUCCCCGCCGGCGACUGCUUCCUCAACCUCAACUGGGAGCAGGCGAUCGAGCAGGGCACCCACCUCGACUCGGCUCUCUCCUCCCUCGUGUCGUCGCCGUCCUCCAACCCCACCACCGUGGCCGCCAACGACAGCGUCGUCAUCCGGGAGCUCAUCGGCCGCCUCGGAAGCAUCUGCAAUUCCGGCGAGAUCUCGCCGACUUCUCGCUACCACGGCACCAACACCUCUUGUUACAGUACUCCCCUGAAUUCCCCUCCCCAGCUUAAUUUGUCCAUGAUGGAGGGCCGGGGAGGAUUGCCGGUUUCCGGCAACAUGGCGAUGCCCGCCGCCCAACUGUCACCGUUUGCUGCCGACCCAGGGUUCGCCGAGCGGGCCGCGCGGUCAUGCUUCGGAGGGAGGAGCUACGGCGGGUUGACCAGCCAGUUCGGGCCGUCGGAGACCGGCAAGCUGUCAAGGGUCUCGAGCAGCCAGUCUCUGAUGGGAAGUGGGUCUCAGAUGGACAUUUCGGAGAAUGGUAAGGAGACUGCAAUGCAGGAGAGAGCCCAAUUGGAGAUGGGAAUGAGGUCCAAGUUAGGGGGUAGGUUGUCGGGGUCUUCGACGCCGGACAAUGGGGAAUUCGGCAGCGGGCAGGAGGAAUCAUCGGCCUCGGAUCGGAUCACAGCUGGUGGGGAAGCAUCCUUGAGGGGCAACAGUGAGAACAAUGCAAGGAAACGGAAGGCACCUCCAAAGGGGAAAGGAAAGGAGCCACCUUUGUCCUCCUCUGGCACGAAUCCUCCCAAGAGAUCGGAGGAGGUGGAUUCCAGUGCAAAGAGAAGUAAACCAGCUGAAACCAAUGGAACCGACAAAGAUGCAGCGGUUAAGCCGAAGGCCGAGCAGAAUGGCGGUGCGAGCUCUAGUGGUGAUUCUGGUCAAAAACAGGGGAAGGAGAAUAAUGCCAAGCCCCCCGAGCCUCCGAAAGAUUAUAUCCAUGUCAGGGCUCGAAGAGGCCAAGCCACCGAUAGCCACAGCCUUGCGGAAAGGGUUAGAAGAGAGAAGAUCAGCGAAAGGAUGAAAUUGCUCCAAGAUCUAGUGCCAGGCUGCAAUAAGGUAACUGGCAAAGCAGUUAUGCUUGAUGAGAUUAUAAACUAUGUGCAGUCAUUGCAGCGCCAAGUUGAGUUCCUUUCGAUGAAGCUGGCGGCCGUGAAUCCUCAGUUAGACUUCAAUGUGGAAAAUCUCCUCCCAAAAGAUAUGCAUCAAGCAAGUGGGCCUAUGCCGCCGCCGCCGCCGCCGCCGCUUUAUCCAUUAGAUGCCUCAAGCACGGCAUUCUCGUAUGCUCACCAACCUCAGGGGGCAUCUCUGCAGAGUGUUGUGACCAAUGGCCUGGAGAACCAGUGCUCUUUAAACCCAUUGGACUCCUCUCUGCAUCGAAGUCUAAGCAUGCAAUUACCUCCCCUCGAUGGCUUCGGGGAUGCCACCUCUCCGGUUGGGACUUUCUGGGAGGAUGACCUCCAGAGUGUUGUUCAGAUGGGGUUUGGGCAGAGCCAGGAGAAUGCAUAUUCCUCUCAGGGAUUCCAUGUGCAGGUACAAUUCACACAAAUCACAUGAAGAUUGAACUCUAAUUCUUUGAAUUCAGAGUAAGAGAGACCUUUGUAUAUACCGAGAUGUUGGUUCGAGACAUCACAGGAAGCUUUGAACUAACAACCAUUAGGUCUGAGCGCAAAAUUUGUGCAAAGAUUCCUUUGACACCAGUUGUAGGAUCAUAACCGGUGAGCGCGAGAGCAAGAAGAAAUUCAGUAUUAUGAUGUCGUAUUGUAUUAUCAUGAGAAUACUAUUAGUUCUUAGUUCAUGAUGUUUCUAUCAUUGUUCAUUGCAAUUCUCACAUCCUCAUUGCGUCUUUUGUGAGAUGAAUUUGGAUGAGUGUUGGAAGAUCUUAAGGAUACUGUUACUGCCUUAAUUUGUGGAAAAAAUGAAUUGCUUGCUCUGUAAA